AAAUCAAACAAGUGUAUGCUGUGAAGCAAAUCAGUUAGAGACAGAAGAGCUGAAGACACACUGAAGCCCAUGUAUCUGAAACCGCACAAAGCUUUGGAUGUCUUGUUGGUUUUACAGCCAGUGAUUUUGUGAACUUGUGUUUUGAUAUGAUAUUUAAACCACCAUGGAAAGGAACCACUGGGUUUCAACUCUAAUCUUUUUACUUCACUUGAAACUUUACAUAGCAGCGGACACAAUACCAGGAAAUGUCACUGUUCACAUAUGGGAGGGGAACGUAACUAUAACCUGGGACCAUCCUCUGGAAAACCCUGGGGAUUACCUCUAUCAAGUACAACUUUGUAGUUAUCCCGAUUCCCAAGGCUGGUCCAAUGUGUCCCACUGUAAUCUUCUUAAAACCACCGUGUGUAACAUUGGAAAUCUCCCCGUGGACUCAGACUACAGAGUGCGAGUUGGAGCUCUAUCAACUCAGAACAAUAUCUUCUGGAGUUAUAGACGACAUAUUAAUAUUCAGCGCAGUCAGCUGAUUGCUCCAACCUUCACGCUGUCAUCAACCUCAUACUCUGUGCGUGUGAAGAUAUACAGGAAACAGAUACUUAAUGAGAUCUUUACCAAUGGUGUACAAUACACUACAUACCUGUGGCCAGCUGGGCAGGAAAACCAGACACUGACAAAGAUUGAUGGAGAUGAGGACGAUGAUGAUGGUGAUGGUGACAUGACCUUUACCUCAUUGCAGCCAUUGCAAGUGUACUGUGUGCUUGUGAAGGUGGAGAGUACAGCCAAUGACGCUAGCAACAUCUCCCCUGUACACUGUAUAAAGCUGCCAACAGAUUGGACGUUGGUUAUUUGCCUCAUUUUACUGGGACUGAUGGGCAUUAUGGCCUUUCUAAUGCUCUGUGUUUGUUUCCUGAGGCGACCCCAGAAAAUGCCCAGUGCUUUGAAACUUGUAAGUGUGUGGAAGCCCAUGACUAUCGAAUCUGUACAAGUGGAGACUGUGACAGAGAAGGGAUGGAUAAUCAUCAGCAAAAACACAGACACAAAGUGCAUUGAAUUUAUUGAGGAAGACAAAGAGAGGAGAGAAAGCCUUGACAGUGGAGUGAGCAUAGAACAGCUGCAGCUGUCUGUCAGCAAUACAAAGACAGAGGGACAAAAUGGAGACGUACAAGUGGACAGUGGCUGUGGAAGUCUGGAAGGAACCGAAGGCAGUGGAAGUGUUAGGAGAACCACAGGACAAUUCUCCAUACAUGACUGCAGUGGAGAAAAUGAGGGAACAGGAGACAGUGGCUUAGGACUGGGCCAUCAUGAAGGUUCUGGUUCUCUAGAGGGGGAAGACACUGAACUGUUGCCCAGGGUAGUGGCUGGGGAUGGAUAUCGGAGUCAGAGUCCCUCAAGUGUGGAUGUUCUGAAUGAUAUGGAAUCAAACAUGGCAGCUCCAUCAGCUGGAUACAGAUCUGGUCAGGUGACAUGUAUGUGUUCAUCUCAUGAAUACUGCAUUUGGUGCAAAUUUAAGAAUCCCUUCUCUGAAACUUGUCAAACUGUAACUCAACUGCAGACAGACUUUAGACUAAUGGAUGAUGGGAAUGAUGUGAGUUGUAACUACUCAAAGAAGGGUUUAAUGCAAACAGUUUUAAACAUGGAAGACCCAGUGAUAGAGCCUGUCCUGUCAGAUACUAACUGUGCUGAAUCUUCUGUGAUUCUCUGGUCAUGUCCACUACUGCAAAAUGAACAGAAACAAGACUGCACAAUCGACACAAGAUCUUUCACACUUGAUAACAUGGAACUUACGUUUUCCUGAACAGCUUGCUGGGACUUUUGCUUGAUGAAAAAACAAAAAAACAAAAAAUAUACAAAUGUGACUGGAAAUAUGGCCUUUAUCUUUCAACUGGGUACUCAGGGUACUUUGGGUACUCAGGGGUAAUGUGUGUACUCGGGGUACUUUGGGUACUCAGGGGUAAUGUGUGUACUCAGGGGUACAGUGUGUACUCAGGGUACUGUGGGUACACGGGAGUAAUGUGUGUACUCAGGGUACUUUGGGUAAUCAGCGUGUUGUUCUGCUGCUCAGAACUGGUUUGUCAAGCUUCAGAAAGACUUUAUGUGGUAUACAGUGUGUAUAAUCAGUGUGUAUGAGAGCAUUAACAAACACAGCGUAUUUGCCCUGAUUGUGCAGGGGUCUGUAUCAGGGUAGAUUCAGCACUGAUGAUGCAGAACCAGUCCUUAUAUUUACUUAUAUUAAGUUUAUUUAUUUAGAUAUUUAUCUACCUGCUAUUUUAUCACCAUCAGAUGAACAGGAUAAUUGCUCUAAAAUAAACCGCAGGAACACUGACCCAGCAGUGACAAUAAACUCACCAGACUUCUCAACAACCAAUAGGGAAGUGCUGGUUUUUGGAGAAAUGAGACUCCAAGCAUCAGCUUCAAUAUCAACCAAAGAAAAACAGCUUUGUCUAACUUUUAUAGUGUUUAAAAAAAUGAAAUGGGUUUCAUUUCUGCAAUGUCUGCUCCUGAAGUCAAUAUCAAUGUUGAUUCGUUCCAUCUAAGGGCCAUCUAGUACCUACAGAGUAAAGGAUGGG